AUUUUCAGCCCAAUAUAUCAAACUAGACGCUUGAUUUUUGUUUUUAUGGGAUCACCAAUCGCCUCAUUUCGAAUGCAAUGUAAAGACAGAAACCGAACAAAUUGAACAAACUAUAGGUCAGGAUCGUGUCGUUCAAUGGGAAUCUGAAGAAGGGAGAACGACCAAACAUUGAACGAUUACCUAAUAUUUCUUGCAAUCGUGGAAUUCGUCUUGUAGAUUAAUUUGAAUGCAGCAGGAUAAAGGUAGGCCAUUGCCAAAGUUUGGAGAGUGGGACGUAAACAAUCCGGCCUCAGCAGAUGGUUUUACCGUUAUAUUCGCCAAGGCCAGAGAUGACAAGAAAACCACCGGAACUGCCGCUAACUCAACACCACCACCACCACGGCCACAACCAUCACAGACAAGUAACAAUCGCCCGCGAAAAGAUCAACGUCAUCAGCACCCUCCUACGGAGAAGAAGUGGUUUUGCUGUUUCUGAAACCUUGGCUGCUUUUCAAGCUAGCUGCUGCUCAUUUCUACCUUUCCUGUUUGUCUAAGAAGCAAGGAAGUUGAGCUGGUUCUGUUCAUUUUUUUUAAUUGGUAACGUAGGAUGUCCUGGGCCAACUUGCCCAUGAGCAGGUUCUGUAUUUCUGACUUUACUCUUUCGUUACUCACGGUGUCUUGCAAAUUCUAACACAUGCGGCUAUUUUCUGGUACCAUGUAGCGAGUGAUGGAAUGAACCAAAUUGCUAGAGUUCGGCUGGUGUUUAAUUCGUUAAAUGCUCGUUCGCUUUCCA